UGGACGCUUUAGAUUCGCGCUGCUCGGUCGGUGCCCUCCAUCCUUCCGCAGCCAGGCACUCAGAACACAGAAACGGACAGAGAGAGGCGGACUGGAGGAGUGCUUAGCCAAGAUGGGGAGAGACAUCGGGCACGAAAGAGCUAGAACAAUGAAAGGUGUCUGGUGAAAUAUUGUAUCCCACAUUUGAUGAACGUCUGGUGUAGAAGCUGAACCAGAGGAGAGCCCAGGUAGCAGCAGUAGCAACAGUUGCAGUGACAGCAGUAGUGGGGCUUUAGAUGCCCUCGUCCCAGCCUCAGUUCCUCCCCAGGCCCCUGCAGGAGGGAAGACAGAGGACAGCUCCUGCUCUGACUCAGGCAGCUCUGUAGACUCCAGCGAAGAGGAGGAGGAAGAGAAAGACCCUGCCAUGUUCUCUAACUUCUUAAGUGGGACAAACCCCCUCAGCUCCGUCUCUUCUGCUGUCAGAGGAGGUCUGUUUGGGGACAGUGCAGAGGGGGAAAAACAAAAAGCAGGCCCUCAGCAGUCUGGUAAUCAGGCCCAGGCUCCCCCUAAACAGGGUGGACUUCAGCUGCAGGGGAAUGGCCAGGCUGGUCAACCAUCUAAACCAUCUGGGCAGCAAGAGCCUGUUAAAGGUGGAGCCCAACAGCAAGGGCCUGUUAAAGGUGGAGCCCAACAGCAAGGGCCUGUUAAAGGUGGACCCCAACAGCAAGGGCCUGUUAAAGGUGGACCCCAACAGCAAGGGCCUGUUAAAGGUGGACCCCAACAGCAAGGGCCUGUUAAAGGUGGACCCCAACAGCAAGGGCCUGUUAAAGGUGGACCCCAACAGCAAGGGCCUGUUAAAGGUGGACCCCAACAGCAAGGGCCUGUUAAAGGUGGACCCCAACAGCAAGGGCCUGUUAAAGGUGGACCCCAACAGCAAGGGCCUGUUAAAGGUGGACCCCAACAGCAAGAGCCUGUUAAAGGUGGAGCCCAACAGCAAGGGCCUGUUAAAGGUGGACCCCAACAAGGUUCUCCUAAGGUUGGAGCUCAACAACAAGGUUCUCCUAAGGUUGAGGCUCAACAACAAGGUUCUCCUAAGGUUGGGGCUCAACAACAAGGUUCUCCUAAGGUUGGGGCUCAACAACAAGGUUCUCCUAAGGUUGGAGUUCAGCAACAAGGAUCACCUAAGAUUGGAGCUCAACAACAAAGUAAUAACGCUGGACUGAAACAGCAAACUUAUAAGGGACCACAGCAGCAAUCCACUGCGAUCCAUCAGCAGCAGGUUUCCCCCAGGACUACUCCCCAGCCGAAGGCAGUUGGUCAACCCCAGUCUAAGGCUGGACCUAUGGCUGAAGUCCUGUGUCCAGUGUGUAACACCAGGGAGCCACCUAACCAUAACACCUGCACACAGUGUAAGACUGUCGUCUGCAGCAGCUGUGGUUUCAGUCCUCCUGACUCAGGCGGUACCGAGUGGCUAUGUCUGACCUGCCAGAUGCAGAGAGCACUUGGAGGCUCUUAUACACCUGGACACCCCAAGAUGAAACCCCAACCGUCACCCAACAAAACCUCUACUCCUCCUGCACCCCAAAAGGAAUACACUCCAACACCAGGCUCCCCUCAGAGAAAGCCUGCCACAUCAGCAGCAGAGCGACCCAAGCCAGAUGUUGCUAACACAACAGACCCACAGAAACUGUCUAGUCCAAAGCCUGCUCAGAAGGCACCACAGGAGAACCAGAGAACAUCAGGGUCUCAGAAACCACAAGAGCAGCCAGGCCAACCUGGGCGUAAGCAAAGUAAUGCCAUAUCGUUCCCUCAGCAACAACCUCCAAAAGGUGGAUCCUCUCCUGCCAAAGCUGUGCCACCACCACAGCCCCAGCCCCCCAAACCGGAAUCUGGAGGUUUAUUUGGAUUUGGUGGUUCUAAAUCUCAGCCGGCCCCCUCAAAACCUGAAGAAUCAGUGUCUGGGAAGAUGUUUGGCUUUGGUUCCUCCAUCUUCAGCUCAGCAUCAACUUUAAUCUCCUCAGCUGUUCAGGAUGAGCACCGCACCACGCCGUCAGCUUCCCCCAAGAUGUCUGCAGCAGCCCAGGCCUCUCCAAAGAUCCCCCCUGCAAAGGAGACCAAACCACCUGCUGCUCAGAAACCAGAGGAGAAGGCAGAUCCACCCCAGCAUACUAAGGUUCCCCCAUCAGUUCAGGCCAAGGUGCCUACAAAGGGAGCAGCAUCAUCCCAACCAGUUCCCAAAACAGACAAGUCCACCUGUCCACUCUGCAAGGUGGAACUCAACAUGGGUUCCAAGGACCCUCCCAACUACAACACCUGUACAGAGUGUAAGAAUACGGUCUGCAACCUCUGUGGAUUCAACCCCAUGCCACAUGAAACAGAGGUGAAGGAGUGGCUGUGUCUGAAUUGCCAGAUGAAAAGAAUGGAACCCCCCGGACCUCCUGUGAUUGAACCCCAACCCUCUCCCAACAAAGGUUCACUACCUCAGAAGGCAUCUGUCACAACUAUUGCUCCCCAAAAGAAAGACACUCCAACACCAGGCUCCCCUCAGAGAAAGCCUGCCACAUCAGCAGCUGAGCGACCCAAGCCAGAUGUUGCUAACACAACUGACCCACAGAAACUGUCUAGUCCAAAGCCUGCUCAGAAGGCACCACAGGAGAACCAGAGAACAUCAGGGUCUCAGAAACCACAAGAGCAGCCAGGCCAACCUGGGCGUAAGCAAAGUAAUGCCAUAUCGUUCCCUCAGCAACAACCUCCAAAAGGUGGAUCCUCUCCUGCCAAAGCUGUGCCACCACCACAGCCCCAGCCCCCCAAACCGGAAUCUGGAGGUUUAUUUGGAUUUGGUGGUUCUAAAUCUCAGCCGGCCCCCUCAAAACCUGAAGAAUCAGUGUCUGGGAAGAUGUUUGGCUUUGGUUCCUCCAUCUUCAGCUCAGCAUCAACUUUAAUCUCCUCAGCUGUUCAGGAUGAGCACCGCACCACGCCGUCAGCUUCCCCCAAGAUGUCUGCAGCAGCCCAGGCCUCUCCAAAGAUCCCCCCUGCAAAGGAGACCAAACCACCUGCUGCUCAGAAAGAAGAGGAGAAGAAAGCAGAGAAACCUCAGCAGACCAAGGUCCCCCCUCCAGGACAGGCCAAAGUGGAAAAAAUACCACCAGAGCCUCCAAAGGGGGCAGCACCAGUUCCCAAAUCAGACCAGUCCACCUGUCCACUCUGCAAGGUGGAACUCAAAAUGGGCUCCAAGGACCCUCCCAACUACAACACCUGUACAGAGUGUAAGAAUACGGUCUGCAACCUGUGUGGAUUCAACCCUAUGCCAAAUGCAACUGAGGUGAUGGAGUGGCUGUGUCUGAACUGUCAGAUGCAAAGAGCACUUGGAGUAAUAGAACCUCCAGGGCUGCCCAUGAUGAAACCUCAGGCUCCACCCAACAAAGUCUCUGCUCCUGCUGCUCCCCAAAAGAUAGGCACUCAAUCUCACUCUUCUCCGCAUAAAGUAGCCACUGAUCCAGCCUCACCCAGAAAGGAGCCAGUGAGUCUAGCCCCUAAGUCUGUCCCUUCAAAGCCUGAAGAAUCAGUGUCUGGGAAGAUGAUUGGCUUUGGUUCCUCCAUCUUCAACUCUGCAUCUACUGUAAUCACCUCAGCUGUUCAGGACGUGCCCCGCGUCACACCCCCAGUAUCUCCGAAAGUGUCGGCACCUGUUGCACCUCAAAAGAAGGAUACUCCCUCACCAGCUGGUGUUCGAAAAGGUGCAUCAACCCCAGUGUCACCCAAAAUAGAGUCCCAAACACCAGCCGCAUCCGUGAAGGAGGACCUCCCAAUGCCAGGCUUCUUUCAGAGAAAGCCAGAUUCCUCCGCAUUGACUUCAAAAGAGGACCAUAAACCUGUAGGCCCUCUAAAACCAGGAGAACCAUCAGGGUCUAAGCAGGGGAGUAUUGCACAACCACAGCAGACUCCUUCACAGGAGAAAACUCCACAAGUCCAGCCUCAGCAGACACUAGCAGAGACAAAGAAAGCAGGGCCAAAGACUCAGCAGCAACCUCCAAAAGUUGGGAUCUCUCCAGGGUCUGCUCAGAAGGUAGCACAGGAGAACCGGAGAUCAUCAGAACCUCAUGAAAAACCACAGCAGCUAAAUCAGCCUGGGCGUAGGCUGAGUAGUAACAUUCCAUCCACACAACCCCUCAAGCAAGAGUCUGGAGGCUUUUUAGGCUUUGGUGCUCCUAAAUCUCAGCCGGCCCCAUCAAAGACUGAAGAGUCAGUGUCUGGGAAGAUGUUUGGCUUUGGUUCCUCCAUCUUCAGUUCUGCGUCCACUUUAAUCUCUUCAGCUGUUCAGGAUGAGCACCGCGCCACACCGUCAGCUUCCCCCAAGAUGUCUGCAGCAGACGAGGCCUCUCCAAAGAUCCCCCCUACAAAGGAGACCAAACCACCUGCUGCUCAGAAACCAGAGGAGAAGGCAGAGCCACCCCAGCAUACCAAGGUCCUCCCAUCAGUUCAGGCCAAGUUUCCAGGAGAGCCUCCAAAUGGAGCAGCAUCCACCCAACCAGUUCCUAAAUCAGACCAGUCCACCUGUCCACUCUGCAAGGUGGAACUCAACAUGGACUCCAAGGACCCCCCCAACUACAACACCUGUACAGAGUGUAAGAAUACGGUCUGCAACCUCUGUGGAUUCAACCCCAUGCCACAUGAAACAGAGCAGGUGGAGUGGCUGUGUCUGAACUGUCAGAUGCAAAGAGCACUUGGAGGAGGACCCUCCAUGAUGAAACUGUCUCCCAACAAAGUGUCUGCAUCUGAAAUGGUCACUCCUACCCCCAGUGCAGCCAAAAAGGACAUUGCAACACUAGCUGCAUCUGCAAAGAAAGACAGUCCAACCCCAGGCUCUCCUCAAAGUAAACCAGUCACCCCAUUUGAAAUAUCCAAAGCUGAAGCUGCUAAAGCAGCAGAUACUGAAGUGCAGGCAAGCCCAGCGCCUGCUAAAACAGCACCUACAGAGAACCAGAGAACAUCAGAAUCUCAGAAACUACAACAGCAGCCCAGCCCUGGGCGUAGGCAGAGCAGUGCCUUCCCAGCUACAAAUCAACCCCCAAAGCAUGAGUCAGGGGGCUUAUUUGGCUUUGGUAUUCCCAAAUCUCAGUCUACAACCUCCAAGCCUGAAGAGUCAGUAUCUGGGAAAAUGUUUGGCUUUGGUUCCUCCAUUUUCAGCUCUGCAUCCACUUUGAUCACCUCAACUGUUCAGGAUGAAGCCUUCCACACAACACCAACUCCUCCCAAGGUGUCCUCACCUGUUAUACCGAAACAAAAGGAGGCUACCAUACUAGAUGGCGCCCAAAAAGUGGUCACUAUACCAGCCUCACCCAAAAAAGAUCCAGAGACCCAAGCUUCAAUGAAAGAGACCCCUACCACAGGCACAUCACGGGAACAUGGGGCUUCUCCGGCAGUGACUUCACAGCAGUACCAGAAACCUGUGGGAAAAACAACUCCACAACAGAAGACUCUACAACAACACGGUGAGCCUCCACAGCCCCCAGUCCAUGCACCAAAAGCUGAGCUUGCAAAGCCGCAGCAACAGCUUCGUAAAGGCGGGACCUCUCCUGUAAAACCUGUGCCACCACCACAGGUGCAGCCCCCGAAGCAGUCAGGGGGCUUCUUUGGAUUUGGUGGUCCUAAAUCCCAGCCAGCCACCUCAAAGCCUGACGAGUCAGUGUCUGGCAAGAUGUUUGGCUUUGGUUCCUCCAUCUUCAGCUCUGCAUCCACUUUGAUCUCCUCAGCUGUUCAGGAUGAGCACCGCACCACACCGCCAUCUUCCCCCAAGGUGUCUGCAGCAGCUCAGUCUUCGCCAAAGAUCCCCCCUGCAAAAGAGACCAAACCACCUGCUGCUCAUACAGCAGAGAAGAAGGCAGAACAACCCCAGCAGACCAAUGUCCCACCAACAGUUCAGGACAAAGUGGAUAAGCUUUCAUCAGAGCCUCCAAAGGAUUCAGCAUCCUCCCAACCAGUUUCCAAAACAGAAAAGUCCUCCUGUCCACUCUGCAAGGUGGAGCUCAACAUGGGUUCCAAGGACCCUCCCAACUACAACACCUGUACCGAGUGUAAGAAUACGGUCUGCAACCUCUGUGGAUUCAACCCCAUGCCUCAUGAAACAGAGGUAACGGAGUGGCUGUGUCUAAACUGCCAGAUGCAGAGAGCGCUUGGAAGAAUGGAACCCCUGGGAAAUUCUGCAAUGAAACUGUCACCCAACAAAACAUCUGCACCGCAACCAUUUGUUGUAACACCUGCUGCAUCUGUGAAGAAAGACUGUCCAACCCCAGGCUAUUCUCAAAGUAAAGCAGCUCCUUCUGCAGCUGAAAUAUCAAAGGCAGGACCUGCUAAUGAAUUAGACAGUCAAAAGCUAGCAAACCCAGCACCUCCUCAGAAAACAACACUGGAGAACCGGAGAACAUCUGAACCACAGAAACCACAACAGCCAUCCAGCCCUGGACAUAUGCUGAGUAGCACCAACCCAGCCAAACAGCAAACCCCCAAGCUAGAGUCAGGAGGCUUAUUUGGCUUUGGUGGUCCUAAAUCUCAGCCGGCCCCCUCAAAGCCUGAUGGGUCAGUGCCUGGGAAGAUGCUUGGUUUUGGUUCAGCAAUAUUCAGCUCUGCAUCCACUGUGAUUACUUCAGCUGUUCAGGAUGAGCACCGCACUACACCGCCAGCUUCACCCAAUAUGACUAGAGCUGCGCAGGCCUCUCCUAAGAUCCCACCUGCAAAGGAGACCAAACACCCUGCUGAAGCAGAAAAGAAAGCAGAGCAAUACCAUCAGUCCACAUUUUCCCCAUUGCAGGACAAAGUUGAAAAAAUACCAUCAGAGCAUCCAAAUGGAGCAGCAUCCUCCCAACCAGUUCCCAAAACAGACAAGUCCAACUGUCCACUCUGCAAGGUGGAACUUAACAUGGGUUCCAAGGACCCUCCCAACUACAACACCUGUACCGAAUGCAAGAACACUGUCUGCAAUCUCUGUGGAUUUAACCCUAUGCCCAAUGUUACAGAGCUGAAGGAAUGGCUGUGUUUGAACUGUCAGAUGCAUAGAUCGCAUGGUGUAAUGGAACUCUCAGGACCUCCCAUGAUGAAAUACAAAGACCCGCUUAACAAAGAUGCUACACAUUAUACACAUCAAAAACACACUCCCACAGCUGCGACAACUAAAAAGGACACCCUCACACUCCAAAAAGAGGAGACAACUGUUCGUGCUGCUCCACAAAUGGACAGUCAAUUACCAGCCUCUUCCAAAAUGUUAUCACAAAGUCAACAUGAUUUUACACCACCAGAUCUGUCCAAAACUGGUGAAUUCCGAAUGCCAGAUUUACUUGUCCACAACGUUUCUGCCACUCCCCAUACCAAGGAGGAACCAACUCCGGCCUCCCCUCUCAUCAAUGAAGCACCACCUUCACCUUUUGUCAAGGAGGACCCAACUCCUGCCUCCACUGUAACCAACACUGAACCAAGUCUUAUGUCCACUCUCACAAAAGAGCAACCAACUCCAGCCUCACCUCUCAUCCAAGGGUCACAAACUUCUGCCUCCCCUCUAAUCAAGGAGGCCUCAACUACAGGUUUUACACUCCCUAAGACGCCUGUGUUACCUCUCACCAAAGAGGCAGUAGCCUCAGCCCCGACCUCAUCCCAGAAGCAGAAUGAACCUAUACUGGCAGGGACACCACACAGAAAAGAGGCCUCAACAUCAGAUUCAACAGAAGAUAGAGAGGCUGUGCAAUCAGAAGAAGGUUUACAACAGAAGAAAGGAGCACCAUCUUUGGCGGCAUUAGAGACUAAAGAGGGGAAACCUCUAGUUCCAACACAAAGCAAACAGUCACCCAUUCUAGAGUCAGCCAAAACAAAAGAGACAACAACAGUUAUUACUCCAUUGGAAAAUAUCUCACUUGACAAACAGAAACCUGAUGUUUUCCAAAAGUCGGUGGAACAAACAGACACAUGUACAACCAAGCAGAAAGAGGCUGUUCAACAAUUUCAGGAUCCAGAAAAGCUGUCUACAAAGGCUCUGCCACAAGUACAGCCCCUUAAAUCUCCAAACCAUGACCCUAACAUCUCUCCCCCAAAGCAGGAGUCUGAGAAACCAACUAGUCCAGCCAUUGCUACUAAGGCACCACAGAAUCGUAGAACAUCAGAACCACAGAAUCCUCCACAGCAGCCCAAUCAGCCUGGACGUAGGCAGAGCAGUGCCAUCCCAGCCACCAAACAACCUAUAAAGCAAGAGUCAGGAGGCUUAUUUGGAUUUGGUGGUCCCAAAUCUCAGUCUACACCAUCAAAGCCUGAGGAGUCAGUGUCUGGGAAGAUGUUUGGCUUUAGUUCCUCGAUCUUCAGCUCUGCAACCACUUUCAUGACCUCAGCUGCCCAAGACAAGCCUUGUACCACACCACCAACUUCCCCAAAGGUUUCUGCAGCAAACAAGGACUCUCCAAAGAUCCCCUCUGCAAAGGAGAUCAAACCACCUGCUCUUCAAAAAGCAGAAAAGCAUGUGGAGCAACAGAAGGCCAAGGUCCUCAGACCAGUAGAGGCCAAAGAGGACACACAACCAUCAGAGCCUGAAAAGGCAGCCUCCUCCUCACAACCAGCUCCCAAAUCAAACCAGUCCACAUGUCCACUCUGUAAAAUGGAAUUCAACAUUGGCUCAAAGGAACUUCCGAACUACAACACCUGUACCGAAUGCAAGAACACUGUCUGCAACCUCUGUGGAUUCAACCCCAUGCCGAAUGUUACAGAGGUGAAGGAGUGGUUGUGUCUAAAUUGCCAGAUGCAGAGAGCACUUGGAGGAGUGGAACCCCCAGAUCCGUCCAUGAUAAAACCACAGCCAAGCAAAGUCUCCACCCAAGCUUGUCAUGAAAAUGAGGCCCCUACUUCAGCACUGCCCAUAAAAGAGCCAGGCUAUGAGCCUUCCUCCAAAAAGCCGGCAGAGUCAGUGUCUGGGAAGAUGUUAGGCAUUGGCUCCUCUAUAUUCAGCUCUGCAUCCACUGUAAUCACCUCAGCUGUUCAAGAAAAGCCUCAGACCACACCACCAGCAUCCCCCAAAGUGUCUUCACCUGUUGCACCUCAACAGAAGGAGAUUCCCAAACCUGAUAGUUUCCCAAAAGUGACCCCUAAAAUGGCCUCACCCAAAAAGGAGCCAGUAACUGCUGCUUCAGUUAAAGAGAAUACUGCAGUGCCAGGCUUACCACAAAGGGAGGUUUCUUCAGCAGUGGCAUCACAGCAGGACCAAAAGCCAGUGGAUGAACCAACUCCAAAACCUGCCCAACCACCUCCACAGCAGAAGACUCUACAACAAGGCAAGCCUCUGCAGUCCCCAGCAGUGGCACCAAAUGUCAAGCCUGCAGAUUCUCAGCAACAGCUUCCUAAAGGUGGGACCUCUCCUGCCAAAACUGCACCUUCUCCACUUACACAGCCCCCCAAGCAUGAGUCAGGAGGCUUCUUUGGCUUUGGUGGUCCUAAAUCCCAGCCUGCCUCAUCCAAACCUGAAGAGUCUGUGUCUGGGAAGAUGUUUGGCUUUGGGACCUCCAUCUUCAGCUCGGCAUCCACUUUAAUCACCUCAGCUGUUCAGGACCAGCCCCGUACCACACCACCGGCUUCACCGAAGGUUUCUGCUUCUGUUUCACCUCCACACAAGAAGACUCCUACACCUGCUGGUUUCCAACAAACGGCACCUACAACAGCCUCACCAAAAAAGGAGGCAAUGACACCUGAAACCGUGAAAGAAAACCCAGCACCAUCCCUGAAUAAAGAUGUAACUCCGGCUGUGGCUUCACACCAGAACCAGAAGCCAAUGGACAAACCAACUUCAAACCUUGUCCAAUCACCUCUUUUACAAAAGAUUCCACAACAACAAGGAAAGCUUGAGCAGCCCUCAGCAGGAUCACCAAAAUCAGAGCCUGAUUUAUCAAAUGCUAAAGCUGCUAAUGCAGCAGGCCCUGAAACACAAGCCAGCCCAGUGUCUGAUCAAAAAGCACCCUUGGAGAACCGACGAACAUCAGAACCACUGAAACCACUACAGGAAAUCAAGCCUGUGCGUAGGCUGAGCAGUGCCAUCCCAGCCACCAAGCAACCUAUAAAGCAAGAGUCAGGAGGCUUAUUUGGAUUUGGUGGUCCCAAAUCUCAGUCUACACCAUCAAAGCCUGAGGAGUCAGUGUCUGGGAAGAUGUUUGGCUUUGGUUCCUCCAUCUUCAGCUCUGCAUCCACUUUGAUCUCCUCAGCUGUUCAAGACGAGCACCGCACCACACCGCCAUCUUCCCCCAAGGUGUCUACUGCAGCCCAGGCCUCUCCAAAGAUCCCCCUUGCAAAGGAGACCAAACCACCUGCUGCUCAUAAAGAAGAGAAGAAAGCAGAGCAACCUCAGCAGACCAAGCCCCCUAGAUCAGUUCAGGUAAAAAUGGAGAAGGUCCCCUCAGAGCCUCCUAAGGGAGCAGCAUCCUCUCAAGCAGUUCCCAAAGCUGGCCAGUCCACCUGUCCACUCUGCAAGGUGGAACUCAACAUGGAUUUGAAGGAAACUCCCAACUACAACACCUGUACCGAAUGCAAGAACACUGUCUGCAACCUUUGUGGAUUCAACCCCAUGACCAAUGAAACAGAGACGGAAUGGCUGUGUCUGAACUGCCAAACUCAAAGGGCUCUCUCGGGACAACUGGCAGAAAUGGAGAUGGCCCAACCAGAACCCAUCCAAACCCUACCAAAAACACUCCUUGCAAUGACAUCCACAAAGUUAAAGCCCCAGCUUCCAACAGCAGCUACAAUCACGACCCAAACACUGCCCAAAGCUCAGCCCCCAUCCCAGACAGUUCCUCUUACCUCAGAGCCAACUCUGUAUACACCAAAUGAUCUGGUGCCUAACGUGGAAGUCCCCAAAGUGAGCAUUUCCAAGAAAGAGGCAGCAAAAAUUGAACUUUCUGUGUCAGAUUUUCCUACGACUGAGUUGCCAAAAUCUGUACCACCUAAAACAGAACAACCCGUUACAGAAGCUGCAGCAGUAACUGCUCCUUUUGCCUCUGUCCAGGUGACUGAAGGCAUGACUGCCCAUGCUUCUUUAUCAACCACAGUGGUUACUGCCAUUGCAAUUACUCCAGCCACUGUGAAGGAGAAUUCAGAGGCCAAGGUUCAAUCAGCAAAGCUAUCUAAAUCAGCAGAGGGGAAGGUUGAGAAAGACAUACAGGGGAAGGUUGAGAAAGAAGCAGAGGAUAAGUUUGAGAAAGAAACAGAAAAGAUGGUUGAAAAAGCAAAAGAGAAGAAAGUUGACCAAGCAGCUGAAGAGAUUGAGAGGCUGACUCCACAACCUGCCCCAACAGCUGCUAAUGUCAUGGAAGUGGUCACACCAUUGGUUGAAAAGAUGGAUUAUGUCCUUUCUGAUCCUCAGAAGACUCUCCCUGAGGUGACUGUGAAGGAGAAGGUGGAAGACCAGACCUCAGCCUCCCUGCUAGUGGACCAGGUAGUAGUGGAUAUACCAUCCAUCCCAGUCAGUCCAUUUGAGGGGGACACAAAGACCGGGGACCAUAGUCCUCAGGAUGGACCAGACAUACUUCCUAUCUCACAGGGCUCCUAUGCCUCAGAGGAGGAGCUGAAGGAAGUCAAGACACUCAGAGAUGUUCUGGUGAUGGACACAACCCCUGAAACAGCAAUGCCCGCCAAGGAGGAAGUGAACGGGGAGAAGAGACGGCUGAGUUACAUUCCGAUGGAGGAGAGCAGCGGAAGUGAGCCCUCUCCCUCACCUCAGCUCCAGAGGCGAAGAUUAAGUGCAAUAGCAGUCAGCACAGCAGCCUCAUCCAGCAGCGAGGACUACAAAGCAGACAGCCCUACAGACAGCCCUUCCGAUAGCCCUGAGUCAUUCGUGGAUGAGGAAGAGUUCAUCCGCAGGCAGAUCAUUGGGAUGACAGGAGAGGAGGAGAUGUCUCUUUCAGAGGAGGAGGAAGAAAUCAAAGAAAAAGAGACCAAGGAGGCUGAGGUAGACUACGCAUCAGCCAAAGCUAUGCCCCUGCUAAAGAAAGACAGUAUGGAUAAUGAAGACAACACAGGCAGGAUACCCUCUCUCCCAGGGUCUGAGCCCAAAACCACUAGGGAAAGUGCUGAGCUCACUGAGCACACCACUGUAUAUAAGAAAGCCAUGCCAAUGACGAGGCAAAGAACAAAGAGCACGGAUGGGGACGCUGAGGUAGAGAGCAUCACAGAUUCCCUGGACAGGUCCAAAGGUGAAGGGUCAUCCAGCGUCCAGGUGUCUAGCUUCACCCCUGGAACCUCCCCCACCUCAGCCUCUUCUCUGGAAGAGGACAGUGAUAGCAGCCCAACCCACAAGAGAAGUAGUGAGGGGAAACAACACCGCAAGGCCAAGCACAGGCAGUCUGGCCAGCCCAUAUCCACUAUUGAGGACUCUUCAGAGGAGGAGGAGUUCAGGGAAGAGGAUGAUCAUAUCAGGGAGAAGGAGAAACAGUUGGACCAGCAGCAGGUUAAGAGGAGCUCCAAGAAGUCCAAGAGGGAUAAAGAUGAGCUGCGAGUUCAGAGGAGACUAGAUCACUCUCCAAUCUCACCCAGUAAUCUGUCUCCCAUUGAAGAUGCCUCACCCACUGAAGAGGCAAAGCCGGCUCAGGAGUUUCAUAGGACAUCAGGCUCUGACUAUUCUCCUAGCAUGGAGUCUGAUUCCGAUGCCUUCCACACAGAAGCCAGGAUAGCUGUCCCAAAGAAAAUAAAGUUCAGUACUGCAAAGCCACUAAAGAGUGCAGAGGAAGCAUAUGAAGAGAUGCUUCAGAAAGCUAGAUCUCCUAAAAAAGAGACGGUGCCAGUCCCUGAGAUAGAGCCACUGUAUGAUGGUAUGGCCAUAGAAGACUACCUCUACGAGUCUCUAGUGGAGGAGCCUGAAGCGGAACAUAGUUCCACCCAACUGGAGCAGCCCCAAAAAGACCCUGCUAAAGAGCCAGGGAAGAUAGGUUUGAGGUCUCCUGAAGAGGUGUAUGAGGAGAUGAUUCAGAAGAAGGAACUUAUGUUGAUAGAGCAGGAGUUUAAGAAGGCUAUGGACAUUGGUAAUCCUCAGAUACAUGUGACAGCACCAUCUUCUGCUGCAGCUGAGUGCUGCAAAGUAGGUGAGGCAGAAGGAGAAAAGCCUAUGUUAGAUGCUGAUUCUACAUAUGUGAAGAGAAAGAAACGUCCAGCUCCACCACGGCCAUCUGAACCUCCAAAACGUCCUGACGUAGACAUUGCCAAGCCAAAAGUUCUUCAAGACAUGGUAUUGAGGAGAGCUCUUUACCCUAUUCCGGAUUUGAAGAUCACACAGUGUUCCUCUGGAGAGGACGAGACGGAUGAAAGUAUAAUAGAGGAGUAUGGAGUAGGAGUGUCCUCUGAUAUUACCCCUAGUGAUGAGUCUGAAACUAAAGAGGUAGAGUACCUUCCAGGUUCUAAGCAUAUACCAAUAACAGAGGCAGCUGACAUUGAACCCAUAACUAUGGUGUCUGAAGUUCUGCUGGUUAAAGCUACUCCAAUUCCUGCCUCUGCGCCUGAGACAGUUUUAGCCCCCAGUAUGACCACAACACCAUCAUCCGUAUCUCCAGUAUCACCACCCACCUCACCAGCAACACCAGUCAGUCCAGCUUCAAAUGCUACAUCCUCUUCCUCAUUCCAAGCCAAAAGCCCUCUCUCUUCUGACUCUACUCCAAUCACUACUCCGACACCAGAUCUGGCCAAAGCAGAAGCACCCUUUGGUUCUCAGUCUAUUGCUAUCUCACCACCUUCUAUCGCUCCCAUUAUGGUUGUUUCUCCAACAACAGUUUUGGUCACUGUCCCAGAUCUAGUUACAGAUCCAAAUCAAGCACCAACACCAGCGACAACUACAACCGAUGCUACUUCUGAAGCCCAAGCCACAGCCCCUGCCCCAGUGGUGGUACAGAUAUCAGAUCCAGUAGUUAUCCAAAUGCCAGACCUGGUUACAUCCCCAUCCCAGAUAUCUGUUCAGGGUCCACCAUCUGUGCAGGUCACGGCACCAACUCCAAUACCAAGCCCAGUAGCAUCUCAAUUACCUUCCCCAGUUCCAGUUGUUCCCAGUGCAGUGCCAACUCCGGCUCCUGUCCCUGCUCCAAUUACUGCCCCAGCUCCAGUUGUGGUCCAAAUGCCAGACCUUGUUACUACCACCUCUGUGGUUUCACACCAAGCCCAAGCUCCUGGCCCAGCUACAGUUCUGAAUUCAGUGCCUGUCCGAGCUGCUGCUCCAUCUCCAACCCCAACUGUAGUCCCUGCUUCAGGGACACGGCGAAUCCAGAGACAAGCCUCCACCAAAAAGAAACCACCUCCUCCUCCACCUCGCUCUACAUCAGUCUCCCUGCCCCAGACCUCAGCAGAGCCUACCUCAAUCAGGGCCAUUCAACAUGUCUCACCGACAAUGACGACCACUACAGGCAUGGGAAUAGGUCUGAAUGGGCAGCCCAUACAGUCUUUGGUAGUGGAUAUACAGCCACAUGUGGAGCAGGUCUGUCCAGAGGGUGGGCCUAUCCCUCAGGUCAUGAUGACCCCGACCAGACAAGAGCAUGUGGUCAUUGUAGUCCCAAAUGUGGAGAAUGUGUCUGUGCUCGGCCAGACAACCCGAGACCAGGUGGCAAACUCAGUGGCAAUGACUACCACCUCUGCUGGGGUUGAAGGCAUUAGUCAGAUGAUCACUGGGCCUGUAGUUGCGAGUGUUGCUCCUUUCCCGAUUGCUCCCCCUCUUCCUGCUGUGCUCAGCUCAGACAAAUGUAGACCUGCAGUAGAUACUCCACCUCCUACUACUCAUCCACCACCCCCUGCCACACUACCCAAGCCAGCUGUUUAUCCCAAGAAGCCAUCUGUUUCUAUCCUACCUUCUGUCCCAAUUGCAACUGUAACAACCACAGGCCACAGUCCAGUACAUAAAUCCUCUGCACCUCCUCCAGUCCCCCCCAAGCCUGUGUCCAUCCCUGCAGGGCUGGUGUUCAGUCACCGGCCUGGGGAAAGUGUGAAACCUCCAGUAGUUCCUACAGCCAGUCACACACUUCCCAGGGCCAGAGAAGUGCUUCCAAAUGACAGUGUAUCACAGCCAUUCACAGCAACAACACUGCCUAGGACCAGAGAACCUCCCAAUGCCCUGUCUCUGAGUUUAACCACCCCAGUUGAGUCUAAAAUGAGUGCUACCUCACCCAGGUCCCCUAUGUCUCCUAGGUAUGCCAAGUGUCUGGAGACAUAUGUGGUGAUUACGCUUCCCUCAGAGCCUAGCACACCCACAGAGGGUAUCACAGUCCAAGCACCUAUCAGGAGAGGGUCCAUCCCCUCCACUAAGCAGACAGGCCCAGAGGUAAGGACUACACCAUCAGAACAACCGUCACCCAUUGAAGCCUUCUCAGCCCAAGCAACUAUCAGGACAGCAUCAGUUCCCUCACUAAGGCAGCCACCACCAACUGCUGCAAUAGUACCAGUUGAAGCACCAACAGCCCCAGAGGCAGUUGCUGUUAAAGCUACAGGAAGGCCGCCUUCAAUACCAUCAGAUAUGCAGCCUCCACACGGUGUGGCUGAGGUGGUGACAGUUUCAGCAGGGUCAGAGACCCCUAUUCAGGUACACAGUGUCCCAGCUCCAGUCAAGAAACCAUAUAUACCGCCAACAGCCCAGCUAGGCCAAACAGUAUCUGAAGUAAUGACAGAGCCACAGGUUUCUGUAGAAAUGUCUAUACCUCAGGCAUCUGGAAGAAGGACCUCAAUACCAGCUGUACCUCAGCAGCCACAAUAUGUGGCAGAGGUAAUAGCUUUGCCAUCAGUGCAGGACAUACUUACAGAGGUGGUUUCAGUUGAUGACCUAGGUAAAAGAACAUCAAUACCAUUACAAAUGCAGCAACCACAAACCUUGACUGAGGUAUCAGGAAUGUACUCAGAUGCUAUACCCUCAACCAUGCAUCAGUCAUCAUCACUGAUAGAGGUGGUUUCAACAACGGCUGUUUCUAGAAGAGCAUCAAUACCAUCAGAAAUGCACCAACCACAAACCAUGACAGAAAUAUCCACAAUGCCCAUACAGCUGGAGUUACCUGAUGAAGCUGUCGUCAGCCAAGUUCACCUAGAAUCUACACCAUCAACCAUGCAUCAGUCACCAUCACUGAUAGAGGUGUUUUCAACUGACAUCAUGUCAAGAAGGACAUCAAUACCAUUAGAAAUGAAGCAACCACAGACCAUGGCUGAAGUAUCAGCAAUGUCCUUACAACAGGAGAUACCCAAUGAAGCUCUCUUCAGCCAGGUCCACCUGGAAGCUGUACCCUCAUCCGUGCAUCAGUCACCAUCACUAACAUUAAGAGAAUCAACACCAUCAGAGAUGCAGCAACCACAAACCAUGGCAGAGGUAUUUACAAUUCCUUCACAGCAGGAGAUACCUACUGAUGCUGUGACAGGCCAAGUCCGUGUAGAAUCUACACCUUCAGGCAUGCAUCAGUCACAAUCACUGAUAGAGGUGGUUUCAACUGAUGCCAUGUCUAGAACUGCAUCAAUUCCAUUAGACAUUCAGCAGCCACAAACCAUUCAAGAGAUAUCAGCAAUGUCUUUACAGCCGGAAAGACCAUCAAUUCCUUCAUCUUCACAGCAACAACAAGCAUUGACCGAAGUGAUAACUUUGCCUUUAGAGUAUGUAAUGCCUAUUGAGGCUAUAACGACUGAGGCUUUUACCACUAAAAGGACAUCCAUAUCCUCUGUAGGCCAACCAUACACAAUUGCCUACCCAUAUGAAACACCCAUCCAGGUGGUUACAACUGAGGCUAUUUCCACUACAAGACAAGCAUCAAUAACAAUGCAGCAGCCCCAAAGUAUGGCCCAGGUUAUCACAAUGCCUGCAGAGAUAGAGGGACCUUUAGAGACAUUUCAUACUGAAGUCCCAUACAGGAGAGAAUCUAUUACCUCUUUAGUGCAUCCGCAACAGGCAGUGUCAGAAGUCUUGACUUACUCAUCAGAGUAUGGUACCCCACUAGAGAUCAUUACAACUGAAGCCUAUGCCAGAAGAAUGUCAGUUCCCUCUGUCCAGCAGACUCCACAGGCCAUCACUGUGGCCCCAGUCACCAUCACCAGGAAAUUCCACCAGGAGUCAGUUGAGAGUCAGGAAAUUUGUGGGCCUGAGAAGGUGGUUUCCAGCCUUAGCCACGUGUACUCCACCUCUAUUUCCACCUCGGCCCAGCCCCCAGAAAGUCUGCCAAGCCUGGUCACUCAGGUUGUUACCACCGAGGUCCAGAGAACCACUGUGUCUGUGGUUCAUGAAAGGCUGCCUCAGGUUGCUGCCUCCAAUGCAGUGGCCAUCACAAUCCAACCAGACCUUGCUAAAGUUCAGCCCUCUCUAAAACAGAACGGGAAAACCUUCUCUGGUGAUGCCAUUGACCUCCGCACUAUUAAAGUAGGUGUGAAGAUGACCGAUUCAGGGAUGGACUUGACACCUCAGGAAUCAAGUCGCCAAUCCAUCUUUAGCGAUUCUAGAGGUCGACAUACAGCAGUGCAGCCAGAGAUAGUGAACCUCAGUGCUGAUAUCACCCCUUCAACGACGCUGUCUGUUGUCACUGGUAGCAUUACUAUCGUCACUUGCUCAGCCACCAUUUCCUCAUAUACCAACGAGCCAGCAGAAAAGCCAUUAGAUCUGCAGGGAUAUGUUUCCUCAAUGCCUCUCCCUCUCACUACAUACAAACCUUUUGAGCCUCUGGCACAGAUAGUGUACAGGCGGAUAGACUCUCCCCCUGUCGUCAAGACGGUAGCAGUUGUAGACACAGAGACACCAAUCAAUCUGUCAUAUGGAGCCACUGCAGUAGACAGCAGGCUUUCGGUGGCCAUGACCCCUGCUAUCACCAAUGGGGGGAUUAUGCCCUCAGAGCCGGCAGGGGCUGUUGAUCUGUCCACCUCGAGACCACUCAGGGCCAUGGUGGCUCUGUCCAGCACCAGCCCGGGUGUAGUGACUAAUGUUGUACAGGAUGAUGGGACACCUAUUGAUCUGACGUCUGGCAGAAGUGUAUGCUGUGAUGUCAUCUACAAGCUACCCUUCACAGGUAGCUGUAGGACAAAGCCACCGGUUAUUACCCAGCCUGACAACCGAUUUGGGUACCGAGACGACCACUACCAGUAUGAUCAUGCUGAGGUCUACAGCAUGAAGGGUAUGAACGGCAAGGCCAUGUCUGAGACCAACCUGGCUGAUGCAGAUCUGUUUCUCUAUGAUGGAAAGACUGGAUAUGACUGUAGUGGCGCCUCAGACAGCGCAAUCGACCUGACAGCGGGUAAUAUGUCAGCAGGUGAAGCACUUGACUACACCAGUAAAGCUGCUGGGGUGUAUACUGGGAUAUCCACUGCUCCAUAUUCCCAGGUCCCUACUUAUAGUGUCCUAAGAUCCUCAGAUGGAAUGGUGUACUCUUCCAUACCAGCCCCUGUUCCUUCUACAUAUGCCAUCACCACCCAGCCAGGGUCCAUCUUCAGCACCACCCUACCCCCUACCGGAACCCACCAGGAACAGCUAGCCCCAGCUCCACACCCCUAUGGUUUUACUCUCCCUACCGACCCUGGCCAACAGAUCAUCAGCAUGGAUACUAAGAACCUACUGCCCAGCGCUUUGGCCAACAUCAUGACAGGCUUUCCUGACCUAUACUCCGACCAGACUCUGGAGGCCAUUGCAGCGUCUCUUGAUGCCCUGGCUUUAUCACCCAUGUUUCCCGGCCUAGAGGAUAGCAAGAUAACACAAUACCAAAUGGAGCGGGAGUUUUUGCAGCUGGAGAAGCUGAAGCAGCUGUGUCUGGCUGAGGAGCUGGAGUGGGAAAGGCAGGAGAUCCAACGCUACCGGGAACAGGAGCAGAUUAUGGUGCAGAGAGAGCUGGAGGAGCUACAGGCUCUGAAACAGCAGCUCUUAAUGCAACAGGAAGAGGAGCACCGGGCACACCUUGUAGCUCAGCAGGAGACCUACAACCAGCAGAGGGAACAGCUAGAGCAGAUCCAACAGCUCCAGGUGCAGCUACAGCGCCAACUACAGGAGCACUACGGCACUACAGGAUCCUCAGACAACCUCCUAGAGGCACAGUAUGCAGGGGUAGGGGAUAACGGUCAAUACUGGCCUGUUAGGGAUGAAUCCAACACCUCGUCAUCUGUCACCCAGCUAGAAGGGGGGGUACAGUAUAUGACCAGCAGGGGGCAGAGAGACGGUGGUGGUCAGGACCAGCUGGCUCUCGGUAGGACACUACCACCAGGGCUGAAGCAACCAGGUGACCAGGGGUAUGGAACAGGGGUGGUAGGGAAGAGGAUAGUGGACAGUGGCGUCCAGACAGAUGAUGAGGACUCAUUAGACAGGGCGAAUGUGGGUAGAAGGAGGAGAAACAACAGAAGGGGUAUAGACAGCUGCAUUCAGACUGAUGACGAGGAGGACCAGGAGGAUGAGUGGGACGCGCCUGCCCGGUCGAGGCGGCGUGCCCGCUCAAACAAACACAGCAGUGACGGAAAACACAGCGGUUCUAAGGUGUCCAGCAUUGCCAUCCAGACUGUGGCAGAGAUCUCUGUCCAGACUGACCACUCCGGUAGCAUCAAGCGCCCUGGCAUCCAGAUGGACACCAAGGUGGAGAUCAUCAAACACAUCUCAGCCCCAGAGAACUCUCAGAGAGGAGGCAGUCUCAGCUGCCAGACAGACACAGAUCGAAGGCGCCACUCGCCAGUUAAGGCAGAUCUCGCCCCCAAGUCCCCCAAGGUGCUAUACUCUCCCGUGUCCCCACUCUCCCCUAGUAAAGCCAUGGAGGGAGGUCAGAAGAUGCUGACUGCUGACCUGUCUAGGUUUUCCUCCGGCUCUAGGAUGCUGAAGCCUGGACAGAAGUCUCUGUCGGACCCCAAGUCUCUCAGUCCCACGACAGAGGACAGGAUGAGCUACCACUACACAGACAUAUACUCUGGCCGGGGUUCUCCGUCAGGCACUGGAAAGAAGGUUAAGAGGACCCUUCCCAAGUCUCCGCCAGAGGAUGACCCUUUGACCGGCCCUUCGGGUUUCAGCACCAACUCAGCUCGUCGACGGCUUGGCCGUAACACCACCAUGGCCCGGGCCAAGAUCCUGCAGGACAUUGACAAGGAGCUGGACCUGGUGGAAAGGGAAUCGUCCAAGCUCCGCAGGAAACAGGCUGAGCUGGACGAGGAGGAAAAAGAGAUUGAUGCCAAGCUGAGGUACUUGGAAAUGGGAAUCAACCGUCGUAAGGAUGCCCUGCUGCAGGAGAGGGAGAAACGGGAGAGGGCCUACCUGCAGGGUGUUGCUGAGGAGAGAGACUACAUGUCAGACAGCGAGGUCAGCAACAUCAGGGAGACCAGAGGGGGCAGCCAUGGCCUGGAGAGACCCAGGACAGCUCCGCAGUCAGAGUUCGACCAGUUCAUCCCCCCUCAGACAGAAACUGACUCCCAGUACUCCACUCUGACUAGUCCCUAUUCCCACUAUGCCCAGUACGUCCCCCAGACCCAGGCCACCAGCCACUACCCCGAACAGACCCUGUACCAGCAGCAGGCACUCUACCAGCAGCAUCCCUACCAGAGUCAGUCAGUCUAUUCAUCUGUGUCCAGUCUGUCCUACCCCGAAGGCUCGCUCUCCCAUCAGCAAGCCCAGUCUUCAGGCUACCAGUCCAAAAACACCACAAACUAUGAGGUGAUUCGGAACCAGCCCAUGAUCAUCGUACCUUCCUCCUGCGAUGGGGGGUAUGGGGUCGGGAAGUACGGCAGCCUGGAACUUAGGAUGGGCCUGGAUGAGAGGAGCCUGGCCUACAGCCCCAUGUCCAGUAUCUCUACUGAGUCAUUCUAUGCUGACAUCGACCACCACAAUGCUAGGAACUAUGUUCUGAUAGAGGAUAUAGAGCAGCUAACUAAAGGCUCCACAGGGCUGGGAUCUGCAGCGCUGGGCUCAGGGUUCAGUCUGCCUGAUAAGGACCUGUCCAAGGCUGACAGGCUGCUCCGGGCCGCUGAGGCCAGGCGCACUGCAGAGGUUGCCGAGUUCCUUGGUAACUCAAGGCUUCACAGCUACGGUAAAGGAGACGAGAAUUCUAUGGAGGAGCCCUAUGAGUUAAAACUCCUGAAACAGCAGAUAAAGCAGGAGUUCAGACGGGGUACAGAAGGUCUAGAGCACCUCUCUGGCUUAGCCAUGCCACAAUACAUCCCCACAGACCCUAGCUACAGGCAUUUUCCUAAGGCUGAUAAGUACAGCAUCAGCCGUCUCACUCUGGAGAAACAGGCUGCCAAGCAGCUUCCUGCUGCCGUACUCUAUCAGAAACAGAUCAAGAACCAGAAGAAGGCUGCCCUGAUGGACCCUAAGAUUACCAAGUUCUCUCCUAUCCAGGAGAGCAGAGACUUGGAGCCAGACUACAGCAGCUUCCUGGGCUCUGGACCCUCGUCAGCCACAAACCUGUCCAAUAGAGCCAGACAGCUCCAGGAUGAGAUCACCUUUGGCUUGAGGAAGAGCCUGUCUGAGCAGCAGAAGUACCUGGGAUCCUCCCUUGGAGCUAACCUAGCAGGUUCUUUAGGCCACAACCUUGGUCAGUCCCUUGGCCUAGGGGGACCAAUCUUGAGGUCAACCCUACAAGACGACGCCACCUACCCCAGUGGCACGCGCUCUCGUCCCUCCUCACGACCAAACUCACGCCCCACUUCUGUUUAUGGCCUUGAUCUGUCCAUCAAACGGGACCUGUCCAGUUCCUCUCUCAGGUUAAAGAGCGAUGGGGAGGCCCUGGAUGCAGCGUUCAGCUCUGGGGUGGCCAGGACCAAGCCUACCAGUCUGCCUAUCAGCCAGAGCCGUGGGAGAAUCCCCAUCGUGGCCCAAAACUCUGAGGAGGAGAGCCCUCUCAGCCCAGUGGGGGAGCCCAUGGGCAUGGCCAGAGCCUCAGCCGGCCCUCUCCCACCUAUCUCAGCCGACUCCAGAGACCAGUUUGGCUCCAGCCACUCCCUGCCGGAGGUUCAGCAGCACAUGAGGGAAGAGUCUAGGGCUACGCGUGGACACAGCGGGGUCUUUGACAGAGACAUAGCCUUCAUCAUGGACGACCUGGGGGGAGCCAUGUCUGACAGCGAAGCCCUAACUGACUCCAUGCUGACACUGAACAGAGAUGAUCCCAGAAUCUUUCAUGAGAGUAUCAGACACGCCGGAGGCCCCAACUGGAACAUAGAAGCAUACCACCUGAGGAGUGAGGACACCGACUGGUUUGACAAGCCUGCAGAGAGACAACAUGGGGAAACCCGACAACCUCAAGAUAGAAGACAGACAAAGCUGAUUCGCUAUACAUUCCCUCAUACCCGGAUCAAGCUACAGAGAGACCCCAAGGACACCAGUGUCUCGGGUAAUGGACUAGGGAUUCGUCUGGUGGGGGGGAAGGAGAUUCCCGGGAGUCGUGGGGAGAUCGGAGCCUACAUUGCCAAGGUUACGCCUGGAGGAGUGGCCGAACAGACAGCAAAAGUAGUGGAAGGAAUGCAGGUGCUGGAGUGGAAUGGAGUUCCCCUGAUGGGCAAGACCUAUGAGGAGGUGCAGUGCAUUAUUGGUCAGUCGUGUUCAGAAGCAGAGCUGUGUGUGAGACUUGAUUUGAACAUGCUGUCCGACCCUGAGCAUCCUCUGGCCCUGGAGAACCAUGCCCAGCUGAAGCCUGGUGAUAGGCAGCGUUCUCCAGGAGUGGACCCUAAGCAGCUAGCUGCAGAGCUGCAGAAGGUGUCUCAACAGCAGGCCCCUGGGAUGGGAGUUGGGGGACACGGAGGAGUAGGUGUCCUCUCUGCCCUGGAUCGUUCUGCUCUGUUACACUCAGGCAAUGCGUCGGCCAGCUCCAGUGCCGUCCCUAGCCCGGGCCAGCCUGCUUCUCCAGCCAUCAACAAGAAACAACGCCACAGUGCCAAGUCAGCAGCAGACGUGCAGGUUUUGAAGCCUCAUCCUAUAACUGGAGAAAUACAGCUCCAGAUCAACUAUGACAGGAACCUGGGGAACCUGAUAGUGCAUGUUCUUCAGGCCAGGAACCUGGCUCAGAGAGAGCCCAACGGAUACUCUGACCCUUUUGUCAAGGUGUAUCUUCUACCAGGGAGAGGACAAGUCAUGGUAGUCCAGAACGCAAGUGCUGAAAACAAGAGGAGGACCAAGUACGUCCAAAGGAGUGUGAAUCCAGAGUGGAACCAGACAGUCAUCUACAAGAACAUACACUUGGAGCAGCUGAAGAAAAAAACUCUGGAAGUGACAGUGUGGGAUUAUGACAGAUCUUCUUCCAACGACUUCCUAGGAGAAGUUUUGAUAGAUCUGUCUAACACAUCCCAGCUAGACAAUACUCCUCGCUGGCUGCCUCUGAAGGAGCAGAGUGAGAGCAUUGAGCACAGUAGAUCUCACCUCUCCACCCAGGGGCCUGGGGGACUAGGAGGCUCAGGUUCAGGGGCAGGACAGGGGCCCACAUCAGGGCCAGGAUCAGGACAGGGCAUGGGGCCAGGGAUGGGCCAAGGACAUGGACAAGGACCUGGACAGGGGCCCGGACAGAUGGAGGAGUGCCACGAGUCCCCCAAGAACUCUGUAAUAAAGAGCCAGAGCCACGGGAUCUUCCCUGACCCCGCUAAAGAUAUGCAGAUGGUGACUCUAGAGAAGUCCCACAGUAGCCCAGGCAGCUCAAAGUCCUCAUCAGACGGCCAACUUCGUUCCCACGGCCCAUCCCGCAGCCAGAGCAAGAGUAGUGUCACACAGACCCAUCUGGAGGAUGCUGGGAUAGCAAUAGCUGCCGCAGAGGCCGCCGUGCAACAGUCCCGCCUCCAACCAAGGCCUGGCCACAGGUUAGGGGAUUUGUCUGGGCAGGUGGUUUCCUCAGCCCCCAAUCUGGUGGAAGGAUAUGGUUGUCUGGAUGGAGAAGAAGGGGCCGGCACAGGGGUUGACAGUGCCAUCUUUCAGGUCCCACGCAUAGGGAAGGCCAUUCCCAACGGCACUGAUAAGUCUGGAGGACUGUCAAUCUCACUAUCAGACAAUGAAGGGGGUGGGGGAAAGACCCAGGUGAUGGGGGAGAUCAAGGUGGCCCUGAAGAAGGAGGUGAAACAAGAAGGAGAUCAGCUGGUCCUGGAGGUCCUACAGUGUAGAAACAUCACUUACAAAUUCAAGAGCCCAGAUCACCUACCAGAUCUCUAUGUGAAACUGUACGUGGUGAAUGUGGCGACUCAGAAGAGGAUCAUCAAGAAGAAGACAAGAGUCUGUCGUCACGAUAGAGAGCCCUCCUUCAACGAGACCUUCAGGUUCACCCUCAACCCUACGGGACACUCCCUGCAGCUGUUCCUGGUGUCUAACGGGGGUAAGUUCAUGAAGAAGACUCUGAUCGGAGAAGCCUACAUCUGGCUGGACAAGGUGGACAUGCGGAAGAGAGUGGUCAGCUGGCACAAGCUGCUGGUUAGCUCCACACACAACCUGUCCUAAGAGGUCAGCUUGAGAGGUCACAAGGGGUCAACCAGAGGUCAGUGAAGGUCAUACCUUGGUCAGUGGUCAGUGUUUGUCAGUGGACAAUAAGAAGAGGAAAAUGGUUGUGACCAGGGAUCCAAUAUUCUCCAUCAUGUGUGUCAUUCACCGUGGCAAGAACAGAAAGAAAAUGGAAAUAAGAGAGGAGGGAGGAGAAGAAGUGAGAAAAACAGAUCCUUCCAUUCCCCCUCCCACUGCCAUAUAUGGACUGCACUCUGAUUCGUGAUUGGACCAAAGACUGUCAGAGAUCGUAACUUGAUUGAAAGGAGAGUGACGGCACACACACUCUCAGAGAAACGACAACGGGCACACAUAUCAACAUCUCUUAGCUCUCUGCUGGACAUUUUGGAUGGAACACCUGACCCCAGUCAGUACCCUGAAGCAAUAUCAGAGAUAGGGACCAAGCUGGAACUGUUGCGUUUUGUCUUGUCUGGAUCUUCUUUAUGGUUUAUCAGGUCUUCAUCAUCAUUAUCAUCAACACCAUCAUCUUCAUUGUUGAUCUGUGAUUUAGCCAGUCAGUGAUGUAUGUUUGUUUGUUUCCUGGAUUGCUUGACAAACUAUGGAAUGUUUGAUUUAUGAUACUAUUCAUGGGAUGUACAAAAAUAAGGUUUAAUGUACAGUACAUUGCAGUUGUAUGGUUGACAUUAGGUAAUUGAACCGGAACUCUUCAAUCCACUAAGUGGCGGCAAUUCGCCAUUACUUGUUGUUGCCAGCUGGCAUACAACCUCAAACUAUACCUUUGUUGGACAAAUGUAAAUGUACAUUCAGAUGUAGAUAGAUAUUUGUGAGAAUAUGAAUCAUAUCAGAGAUAAAGUGUACAGAUAAAUGUUAUUUAUGAGUAUAGAGUUGAUAAUAAUAACAGAUACUACAGAUGAUUUGAGGUGUCUCAACUGUAGGCUAUAUUAUAAAGAUUUCACAUUUUCUGUACAGAAGAGAAUAUGGUAGGAGCACAGACAAUCCAAUCACUUUAGCUCUGGUGUUAUGCAGUGGAAGAAUAGGGAAGCUACAUUGAAAUUGUCAAUGUGCAACCUUUUGCACAAAUUAGAAAUUAAAAGGUUAUAGCCUGGAUAAGACCCCCCCCCCCCCUCUUUUGGGUGGUCAGUGGAGAACGCAUAAAAAUAGGAUUUCAGGUCUCUUCUCUUCAAACUCAAAUCUGUCUAAUAUGUUCAUUUGUUAGGGAGCUGGUAUUGCAUAGGCAAAUACAGAUGUCAUCGGAAUUGCUGAAAUAUUCCCAUCAACCAACCCUUUUGGUCAUUACUCACUGAGGAAGAUCACACUGUUUUACUGGGCUGCUCAGACAUUUGAUAGUUCUGUAUUUUGCUUAAACAAUAGUCUUGGUUUGUUUGAGAGAGAAGCUCUGGAUACCUCCCUAGUUUAUCGGACAUGCAUUCAGGCAGAUAGAUGUGACUAUCUUGUCUUCUUGUAGCCACCCCUGAGUCUACCACUGUCUUUAAUUUGGCUGAUGAUACCUGUUGUGUGUCAAAGCAACAGGUAGACCCAGACAGAGCCAUGUCAUUGAAAUAAGGCUUUGAUGCUUGUACUCUGGGUUUGUCUGACAUUCUGGGUCUGCUUCAGUAUUUUGUCCGUACGUGUUAGUGUGCGUGCGUGUCCGUGUCACUGUGUGUUUGUGUGUAUGUGUUUGUGAUGAUUUCGUACCAACGGAAGAUGUCUCCUAUCCAAUGUUGGUGUUUAAAAGAUGUUCAGACUGUAUACUUUUUUUUUAUUUGAAUUGUAUUUCUUUUACUAGGUGUUGUUUGGUUUCCAAAACACCCAACACAGCGUGCUAUACACAUAACAUUGAACACAGUACAUUGCUGCAUGCUGUGCAAUGUCAGUGCCUGUGGAGGCAAUGCCACAACACAGUGAACCAGCCUGUGUCACUGCCUCUGAACAAAGCACUAGCUAAGUCAUUUGUUAUGGUUCGCUGUAACACACGUGACCAGGACAUACCGAUUCAGCAUACUGGUGUUGGGGUUUUGGUACUGUCCGUCAUCAUCAAUAAGUUGUGUCAUAGUGAACAUCAGGUGACCCAACAGACCCACACCCUCAACUCUGCUGGCUGUGUUUGAAGGCAUAUCACUGAGGACCUAGGGACCUAUGUCCUAAUACAUGGAGCCAGACACUGAGUCAAGAUGUCACCAAAAGGUUCACAAAACAAUAAGAAGAGGGAUGAAAAGGGUUGGUUUUUAAGUCAAUCUAAUUGUUGUGCCAACCUUGUUUUGUAAGCAAACCCAUUGGUUCUGUUGAAGUAAUUCUAUGCAACAUAGACUUUGUGUUUGAAUGCAUUUUCUUAACAUUAAAUAUCAGUAAACGUUGUGUCUGAAAAUAGGUAUCUUGCUUUUAUUUUCAAUUUAUUUUGAUGUAUAUAUUAUUAGAGGAAAAUAGGAUUUUUUUAAGGAUUUAACUAACAGCUGUUAUUAUUUUCAUGAAGCUUGUGCACUUUAGUAUUACAUGGCUGAUUGAUUUCCUCGUCCUGUGUACCUUUGUCAUGACAUGCAAGUGUCUGUUCCAGUUUGUGUCUCUGUGUUGAGAUGAUAUUAUGUCUGUGCUGUAUGAAGGAGUUCAGACAACAGUUGUUUUGAUUUACAUGGCAAAAAAACACAUUAAAUGACAGACAAUUUCCAUCUUGUUUCAUAAUGGACAAAUUUGAGGAGCUAACAUCUAGCCACCAACACGUCCUGUAUGUAUGCUAUGAAACCAUAUUGAGGAAUGUGAGGAGAAUUCAAAUUCAACCCCUCCUUAGACUUCACUUAGCGAAAGAGUCAACGCCCAUUGUUCCUCAGUCAUUUGCUAGUUACCGUGAAAUCAGUCGUGUUCAUCUGUGAGGAGUGUGUGACUGUUGUAUACUCAUCUAAACUGUAAAUACAAAGUGUUUUUUAUUUUCUACAAAGACUGUUUUAUUGUCUGAGGUUUGAGCAUGUAAGUGUAAAAAAAAAAAAAAAAAAA